ACAUCCUUUUAGAAAACCGAGAAGUGUAACCGGGAGGCCUCGGCGGGACUGCAGCGCCCGUCCGCGUGCGGUCCCGAAUCUGAGCCCGGCUCGCGUAGACGCGGCCAGGAGGCGGAUACCGAGAGCCCGCUGGGCGUCCAGGGGUCCUCGGCUCAGAGUUUGUGCCGCAGGCAGCCGCGGAGCAACCCGCCCUCCUAGAAGGUCCCGCCCCCGUUGCCCUGGCGCCCGGACCCGCGGCCGGAAGAACAGCCCGGAGUGGAGAGAGCACCCUCAGCAGAGGGGCCCAGGGCUGGGGCACUCGAGCCCAGCCUGCAGUGCUGGUGCCCCUGGGCACAGUGACCUGACCGGAAGCCUAACUCAAUCCCUGUCUCCCAGAGGUCACCUGUGGACACAUGCUGCCCCCAUGCCCGGAUGUUUGACCCACAGUGGAAGGCAGCUGACUGUGGGUUGUGCGUGGAUGGAGCCAGCCAGGGAUGGACGCCCAGGGCCUCGGCCACACUCAGCCAGUGUCCAGGUGCGGGAGCUGAGCUGGCAGGGCCGGCACAAUCCCUGCCCGCAGAGCAAGGGCCUGGACAGGCCCCAGGAUAGCCACAGGGAGCGGCGGGUGGAAGAGCCCCUCUCCCCUGCCCACCUGCAGGCCCUGGCCCAGGUGGAUGACCUCCGGAGCGUGCAGGUGCUGGAGAUGUGUGUGGACACCCGCGAGCACAGCCUGGGGAACUUUGGGGUGCACCUGCCGAACCUGAGCCAGCUGAAGUUGACCGGCAGUCGUCUGGGCUCCCUCAGAGACCUGGGCACCUCUCUUGGCCACCUGCAGGUGCUGUGGCUAGCUCGCUGUGGUCUCGCUGACCUGGACGGCAUUGGCUCCUUCCCGGUGCUGAAGGAGCUCUAUGUCUCCUACAAUGACAUCUCUGACCUGAGUCCACUGUGCCUGCUCGACCAGCUGGAGGUGCUGGACCUUGAAGGCAACAGCCUGGAGGACCUGGGGCAGGUGCGCUACCUGCAGCUGUGCCCACGGUUGGCCACACUCACCCUGGAGGGCAACAUGGUGUGCCUGCAGCCAGCCGCUGGCCCAGCCAACAAGGCCCCUCGGAGCUACAACUACAGAGCAGAAGUGAAGAAACUCAUCCCCCAGCUGCGCAUCCUGGAUGAGGUGCCCACCACAUGCAUGGACCUGCCUGUGCCCCAGGAGCUGAGCCAGGACUGGCUCAUGGUGAAAGAGGCCAUCAAGGAAGGCAGCAUGCUGGACAGUACCCUUCCCCCACUGGACCACACUCAUGGAGCCACCCUGCAGAAACAUGAUCCAGCGCUGACCAUGCCUGAGGCCCUGCCCUGGAUCUUGUCCCUGCUGGGCCCUGGAGGACCCCGGCCUGAAGGCUUGCUCUCUGAGGACCCGGCCCCUGAAGACCACGCCAGCAACCUCACCCAUGGCGCUGCUCAGGUCCUCUGUGGAAACCCCACCAAAGGCCUGCGGGAGCGCAGGUACCAGUGCCAGGCCUGGGCGCCUCUGGAGCAGCUGGCACCCCCUAGACCAGGUCUGGCUGCCGCCCCCCCUGCCCUCAGGCCUGAUUCCACAGACAGCCGUGAUCUGGUGGUGGCUGGGCUUCCAGCCUGGAGAGAGCUUGGCCUGCGGCCACUGGGGUCCCAGCAGGAAGGGGCUGCAACCCCCCAGGAUCCUUGGAAACUUCCUGAACAGCAAGAGGACCAGGCUGGGCCUAGGCCUUCCCUGGGUUCCCCAGGCCUGACCUCAGAGCCUUCGAGGACGCUGGGUGGUCACCUGGUCCCUUCUCCGCCCAAGGACCCAAUGCCACCUGAUUCAGCCAGCAGCUCCCCUCGGGGCUCUGCUGACCUACGGGUCAGAAGACGGAGGCUCAGAUCCCUGGGCAGCCUGGGGCCUGGCCUGAGCAAGGGGGUGGCCCCAGUGACCACCCUGAAAGCCCUAGAGGGGGCCUCAGGUCCCAACCUUGAGCCCAGUGACAUCCGGAACCAAAGCCAGCCCUGGAUCCAGCAGCCAGACCCCCAGCCCUCUGCUACCUGUGGUACCUGAGCCCUUCACCCCAGUCCAUCCCCACCCUCGGUGAAAAGCCCACCACUGCUGGGCUUGCCUGGACAGUGCCCAGUGGGAACGCCUGGCAUCUUGGGAGCCCCUGAGGGCCCUUGAUCCCAUAGGCCCAGAGCACUUGGGCUGGGAGGGUGGGAGGUGGGCCUGACCCUGGAAAGAUCCCUCUGGGUGGAUGAGAGUCAGGGUAGGUACCUCCCCUGGGUCCUGGCCUUCCUGGGAAUAGUCAGCCGGGCAGGCCUGGGCCAGGUGGCUGGAGCUG